GGGCGUCGUCUCCACCUUCAUCGCCCCGGCCGUCGCCGCCGUCGGCUCAAGCGCCCAGGCUCUCUUGAGCCAGAUGGCGGCAGGCGCUCCGUUGGGGCGCGAUUUCUCACUGGCCACAGUGCUCGCUCCCCUUCCGCCGGCGGCCUUCGGCGAUGUGGCGCGGGUGCUUUCCGCGGUCCCCUCGGCCUUGGCAGCGCCUUUCGUCGGGGCGCUCGCGGAGCGGAACCACGGGGUCGAGUUGCCCGACAACGCCGUGGCGAAUAUCAUUUGGAAGCUCGCUCGCUAUCUUAACAUCGGCAAGGGCGUUGAUUCUGAUUUCAAUUAUCCGUACCUCAAAGAACUGCAGAAGCUUGUGCCUUCGGCCCCCGCAGUUGAGGCGCGCUCCACUCACGGCCGUUGCCCCCGGCGUCGCACUGCAGACCUCCAGAAGUGCGCCCCAAAGACAAGCAGCCGGGCGGCCUUCAAUGUUCAACGGCGCAAUGGCGGCAAGAUGGUUCUGGAGACCCAGUGCCGCGUUUGCACCGUGGGCGCCGGGAUCCAGAACGCCUCCUUCUCGGAGGGAUAUUGCCCCAAGUGCGCCUUGUAUUUUCUCGGGCAGUGGCAGUGCGAGAAGCGCGACAGAAGUAGCGGGCGAGGGACUUACGGGAAGAUGAUAAACAUCAAGCUGGUUUCGGGGUCCAGCUACUUCAAGCAUGUCUUCGUUCCGCGCGAGAAGGCUCGGCACGCUCGACGCGAAGCUAUUGCAGUUCCUCGCGGACGAGCUACGCCACAGUGGGGGGGGGCAUUCAGUUCCGCAGUUCUGGCAUGGAGCGAGCAACACACUGAGCCCGCGCAGCGAGGGCUGAUUCCUGGCGAAGACUUAACGCUUCUACGAGCCAAUGGCGUUCGCUUGGAGGGCGCUUGGCACGGGCACCGCGCUGCCCGCCUUGCCGGCGGCGCCGCAUCCGAACUCGCGUGGUCUUUCACCAGGGGCGGCUCGGAGUCGACGUUGCUCGCUCUCGCGCCAGCCGCGCGCCAGGCCCGCGUCGGGCGCGCCGUUGAGCACGCCCGCACUUGCCCGAUGUGUGCUGGCGAUCUCCUUGUCCUUCUGGACGGGAAAUACGGUGCGCGUGGAUUCGUGCGUGGCGGGCUGGGCGGUUGCGAAAACAUGGGCGCGCUGCAGAUGGAGCUCUACGCGGGGUGUCUGAAGAAUGCCCCCGCCGGGCGAUUCUUCUGCGCCCAAUGUCAGACGGCGCGUGCUGGACAGAACAAUCUCACCCCGCAGACGCAGAUUUUGGGCAUCGCUCCCGCGACCGCCCCUGACGGCGAAGUGUCUGCCCUGAAAUGCUUGGCGCGCUGCUCGGAUCCAGACAAUCCGAGCGAGACCUUCGACGCCUUCCUGCUGGGGGCGGAAGUAUCACAAGAGCUGCUAGCAACCUGCGAGAAGCCCUUGCUUCCAGCAAAUGGAGACCAUGGGAACAAGAAGGCGCGGCCUGCGCGGCUCAAAGGCCGCCGACAGGUCACGCGCUGGCUGAAGGGGGCGAGGCGGCGCCCGGGGGCGCCGCGGCCGCGGUCGCACUUCCGCGGCGACGGCCCGUUCCCGCCGACCAGCGGCAGCAAGGCUGCCAAGGAAGCGGAAGGUGCGAAGCGCCAGCUUUGCCGCGGCUGGCUUGCGCUGGACAAGGAACAGAAGCAGUCGAUCCUGGCCUGCGGCGUCGACGAGCUCCAGGGCUCCGACAAAGUCCGGAGAUGCACUGGCGGUAUUAUGACGGCCGUCACGUCUUGCGGCUGGCUCAUGGAUUGGAUGGAGCAGACCCGCGGCGAAUCCAUCGAGGUCGUGCACGCCUUCGCCUUGCGGCUCCACAAG